GCAGCCGUCGGCUCCCGGGAAUCCAAUGGCCAUGACCCAGUCAUCCUUCGCUCGCCGCCCCCCACCCCCCUCCGCGGCGCUCACCUCUCCCUCCUCCCCGGCCUCCUCCUCCUCCUGGCACCCCCCGAGGCGCGGGCCGCGCCGCCGCCGGGCCCUCACGGCCGCGUCCUCCCUCCAUUUCCGGCCGGAGGACGUCGCCGAGCUCGCGCAUAACAAGGUCUUGAUUGCGGCGACGGCGGCGAGUGUGAUCGGGCAGCUGGCCAAGCCCUUCACCUCCGGCAGGGACGUGGGCAAAAUCGACAUCAUCAGGGUCGCCGCCCAGUCAGGGGGGAUGCCCUCCACCCACUCAGCGGCGGUUGUGGCUGUGACUACCUCGCUUGCGCUAGAAAGGGGGUUUGCUGACUCCAUAUUUGGGAUGUCGGUGGUAUUUGCCUCGAUUGUAAUGUAUGAUGCUCAGGGAGUCAGAAGAGAAGUGGGCAAGCAUGCGAGGCUUUUGAACAAGCUAUGGACCCUACGGGAGCAGACGACUCCAGAUGAGGAGGACGGCGGUGGCCCGGUAAAUUCCAGCUCCGAAUCCCUCCCCGCAAACCGCGAGAUGGCUGCGGAGCCUGUUUUUGUUCCUCAGGAUGUAACUGAGUUAGCAGAGGAGUAUAACCGGUUGAGUGAAUCCGUCGGCCACACGGAGGCGCAGGUCAUGGUUGGCGCCUUGCUAGGUUUUGUUGUAAGCUUAGCCGUCCACGCGACACUGUAACAACAACUUCCAUUAUUCUUUUACAACAUCAACAUUGAUUACAUUGUAUGAUACCCCUCCGUCCCAUAAUAUAAGAGCGUUUUUGACACUA